AUGACCUCCCCAAUCGAGAAAACCAACGCUCCGAAAAAAGUGCUCGAUAUCGGUAUCCAAGACUCUACUUCCGCCACGCAAAAAGAAAGCUCUCAACAAACUCAGCACUCGCAAGAUGAACACGGACAAGGUCAAGAACAAGCGAAACAAGAGCCCGAAUCUAGCACAGGGGCAAAAGAAUUGCGUCUUAAUUCCCUACUGUGCAGGAUCUGGUCUCUACUCACGUACACACCGCACCGAUGUCGGUGGGAUCCCGCGAAUCCGGUGAAGUUCAGCUGGGCGUUAACUUUUUUGUUUGGAUUUGCGACGACUUUUACGGUCGCAAAUCUCUACUACAACACCCCCCUCCUAACUCUCCUCGCAUCCGACUUCGCCGUCCCCUACGAACGCGUCACGCAAAUCCCAACCGUAAUGCAAGCAGGCUACGCCGUAGGCCUAGUCUUCCUUUGUCCGUUAGGCGAUCUCGUCCGGCGAAGACCAUUCACGUUACUCUUGACGAGUUUUACGGCGCUGGUUUGGUUGGGCUUGUGUUUGACUGGAAACUUUGAGUGCUUUGUUGCGCUUAGUUUCGUCGUUGCUGUUUCGACUGUUACGCCGCAAAUAAUGCUGCCUCUGAUCGGCGACAUUGCCCCGCCCACCCACCGCGCAACAGCCAUAUCCCUCGUCUCAUCCGGCCUCCUCCUCGGCCUCCUAAUCGCCCGCGUGCUAGCAGGAAUAGUAUCAGAGUACACAUCCUGGCGAAAUAUCUACUGGCUCGCGCUAGGACUGCAGAUUAGCAUCACGAUUGCGUUGUGGGGAUUUAUGCCGGAUUACCCUGCUACUCUGAACAGCACGGCAGCAUCAGCGUCAUGUUCAGUCUCAGCCCCGACAUCAAAAGCCAGCACAAGCAUUCAAGAAUCUCGCACUCAAACCCCACUCCGAGACAAACUACUCAUCUACCCCUCAAUACUAUGGAGCAUAAUAACCCUCUUCACAAACAACAAGACCCUAAUCCAAGCUUCGCUGAUGGGCUUCUGCUUCUCAGUGCCGUACACCUCGUUCUGGACAACGCUGACAUUCCUCCUCUCAGCCGAGCCAUACUCCUACUCCACGCUCGUCAUCGGGUUAUUUGCCGUCGUGGGGAUCUUACCCAUGGCCCUGGGCCCCGUGUACUCGCGUCUUGUGCUGGAUAGAUCUGUCCCACUUGUUUCGGCGCUGGUCGGGGUGGGAUUUUGUUUUGUUGGUGCUCUUGUUGGGAUUGUCGGUGGCAGUGGCAGUGGCAGUGGCAGUAUUGCUGGCCCGAUUGUUCAGUGCGUGUUGCUUGAUUUGGGACAACAGGUUGCGCUGACGGCGUGUCGGGUUGCGAUUUAUGAGUCUGCGCCUGGUGCGAGGAGUAGGGUUAAUACGGCGUUUGUGUUGUUUCUUUUUGGCGGGAAUAUUCUGGGGACGAGUUUGGGGCCGUUGCUUUUUGUUAGAUUUGGGUGGGUGGUUACUGAGGGUGUUGCUGGGGGGGUUUGCGGCGUUGGCGAUUGUUUUGGGGGUUUUUAG